CUACACUGCAGCUAUACCUUUGACCCUCCUCUUUUUCCCCCUCCGCCACCUCCUUUCUCUCUCGUUCUUUCUCUCGCUGUCUUGUGCUUCCAGGGAGUUGUGCCGGGAAUGACUGAAGUUUUGAAAUGAUUCUAAGUAUUCGUCUGUGGGACUGUGAAGUCGGUGGCGCAUUAAUGGGUGCCCCUUGUUGCUGAGGUGAAUAGCUGCAAUGUUGGAAUGGAACAAAAAAAGAGUGGAAUGUGCAAACGCGCGUAAAGGAGAAUAUGAGAGAUCGUAGAGGGGCCUGUGAUUGACGGAUGCACUGAUGAACAGACCCAUCCAGGUGAAGCCGGCGGACAGCGAGAGCCGAGGAGAAGACAGAAAACUCUUUGUGGGAAUGCUCAACAAGCAGCAGUCCGAAGAUGAUGUCCGUCGUCUCUUUGAGUCAUUUGGUGGAAUUGAGGAGUGCACCAUCCUCAGAGGUCCUGAUGGAAACAGCAAAGGCUGCGCGUUCGUAAAAUACUCUUCCCACGCUGAAGCUCAGGCAGCCAUCAGUGCACUACACGGCAGCCAGACAAUGCCUGUGAGUGGAGGUGCCUCCUCUAGUCUGGUGGUGAAGUUUGCCGACACGGACAAGGAGCGUACCAUCCGGCGCAUGCAGCAAAUGGCUGGUCAGAUGGGGAUCUUUAACCCCAUGGCCCUGCAAUUUGGCGCCUAUGGGGCUUACGCACAGCAGGUCCAGCAACAAGCAGCAUUGAUGGCAUCAGUAGGUCAGGGUGGGUAUCUCAGUCCCAUGGCGGCCUUUGCCGCUGCCCAGAUGCAGCACAUGGCCACCAUCAACGGCAUCCCUGGGGCACCUAUGACCCCCACCUCAGGUGGUAGUACCCCACCUGGCAUCAGCGCCCCUACAGUAACCAGCAUCCCCUCGCCCAUCAGCGUCAACGGUUUCACUGGCAUGCCCCCCCCUCAGGCCAACGGCCAGCCCCCCACGGAGGCAGUCUUCACCAACGGGAUCCACCCCUACCCAGUGUUGCAGGAGGUGGUGUUUCGGGAGGACUCUGAGAAGAACGGCUUGGGCGUGGCUCCCCGGAGUUGUUUUGGGGUUCAGGGAGGGUGCUUCCUGUCCUCUCUCUCUGAAGCUCAGAGUCCUACUGCAGCCGAUCCUUUACAGCAGGCUUACACUGGGGUCCAGCAGUAUGCAGCAGCCUACCCAGCUGCAUACGGGCAAAUCAGCCAGGCCUUUCCCCAACCCCCACCCAUCAUACCACAGCAACAGAGAGAAGGGCCGGAGGGCUGUAACCUGUUCAUCUAUCACCUCCCUCAGGAGUUUGGGGAUGGCGAGCUGAUGCAGAUGUUCCUGCCUUUCGGUAAUGUCAUCUCCUCCAAAGUGUUUGUGGAUCGGGCGACAAACCAAAGUAAAUGCUUUGGGUUUGUUAGUUUCGAUAACCCGGGCAGUGCUCAGGCUGCCAUACAGUCCAUGAAUGGCUUUCAGAUCGGCAUGAAGAGGCUCAAGGUGCAGCUCAAAAGGCCGAAGGAUGCCAACCGCCCCUACUAGUCUCCUGCCCCACCCAGCUGCCCCUGCCCUGGGGGCUAAGGCAGCCGCUAAGCACAGGGAAAAGACGGGUUUGUAGAGCGGGAUCGUAACUUGAUUAAAUGAAAAAGACCACCGAACUGAAAGAGCAAUGGACAACAGGAUCAUUGGGAGGGGAUUCAAAUGCAUCAAAAACUGGGAAAAAUAUGAAAAGAGACGAGAUGAGUAAAAGGAUAACUGUUGGACGUACCGAGGUGAGGACUCAUACAAGCUUGGUAGCCCAACCCCUUCUGCCUCGCCCCCCAGGACUAAGGCUCUCUUUCUCUCCCCUCCACCUUUAUCUAUGGCCCCUAAAACCCUGCUUGAGUGACAUCUACCUUGUUGGACCACAAGGGAGUUAUUACUAAUGAUCAACUAGAAAAAAAGAAAAAAAAAAAGGGAAAAAAAAGAAAGAAAGAAAAACAUACAAAUGACCAACCCCAAUCGAAAAGAGACAAAGGAACCCUGGACAUCAGGAGACUUGAAAGAACUUUUUAAAAAAACAGUAUGGAGGAUUGCCAUAGGAUGUAUUUAAGUAAGGACGUUUGUGUAUGGAGGAACUAACUUUUUAAAUACCAAUUUUACAGGACAUGAAACACGAAGGGACAGACCUCUCUGGAGAGAUAGGACUUUGUCGGCGAUGUGAUAUUUCAGGACACAAACUCGCAUUGAAUGGGGAUGGCCAUCUUUAGCUUGGAGUGCCUGUCCGUUUCCAGGGGAUACCGUUGCCAAGGACAGCCAUAGCAACGGUCUCCAGGGAGUUUUACCUGUCAUUCCUUAGUUGUUUUAGGGACCAAAAGACCAAACAUUUUUAUUGCUGGGGACUUGUAGCUCUAAUAUACUCGGACCACUGCUUCUCUUUCAGUCAGUGUUAAGUGGCUAAAGAGUUGCAUUUAAAAGAUGUGUACAUUUAAAAUAUAUAUACAAUAUAUGUAUAUAUAUACAUAUAUAUUGCUGAUAUGCUUUUUGAAUACAGGCAGAACUAUUUCAGAUGACCAAUGGGGUCACUCACUUCGCUAGUUUACAAUUAACUAUUCAAAAGGUUUAUUUUUUUCUCUUCUCAUUUUCUCUUGGUAGUGAUGGAGAGUGCAUGGGGAGGGUUGUUCCAUAUCACAGCCUUACCUUUUCUAACUUGACAUCCUAACCUCAUAGUUAAAAGAACAUAAAAAAAAGUUUGAAAUAUAUAAACUUGUUUAUAUUUGCAGUACAUAUAUAUGUAUAUGUAUAACAAGCAUUCGAGCAAAUGUAUUAAUAUAUAUACAUAUAUACAGUAUAUAUG